AAACUCGGUGAAACGACUGGAACAACAAAACGAGGCUACAACCUAACUGAUGCGUCUCGAAUGAUCAUUCAGACAUCAUCUUCGAGUGUACUAGGGCGAAAAAGGCACGGGAGUGUGACGUGUCCUUCUCUUCAUCCGUUUAGUUUAUAAUAAUCCUCUUAAGAAUAUUAGUCUUGGCGAGCUGAAACCUUUGGACAUCUUGUUAGCAUGUUAGCUUGUUAGCACGUUAGCCUGACUGCUAGCUGUCGAUAAAAGGGGUAUUAAUUCUUUAUCAGUGUUUCUUCACUGCUGAAACUACAGUCGCUCGAUUUGGCAAACAACAUUCGUGUUAAUCUGUAGGAAUGAUAAAAAUAAAAAAGUGAGAUUAGGUAAAUCCGUCUUCAUUGUAUUGUAAUGCUCGCUAAAGAGUCGGUUGUUUGCACGUAAACCGAGUCUUGACCAACCAAGUGAAUCUUUCUGUGUAGCUUAAAUAAUAAAAUAUAAUAUAUCGGUACUAUUUACAUCUACUAAUAGGUUGUAAAAAUAGUAUUUUUAUUUGGUUUAUAAAGUUUGUAAGCUAAACAGUUUGUGCAUAGCCCAGUUUAAAGAGCAGUUUGUGUAGUUUGGACGCUGGACGCUGCUGCCAUGCCUUUGGUGUUUUUGGAGAGAUUUCCAUGGCCCAGUUUGCAGACUUACACUGUUCUGAGUGUAGUGCUGCUGGCUGGGACUUUGUUCAGUUCCUACACGACUGAAGCUCCAUCUGCUGAGGAAGAAACUCAGAGCAGCUCUAUAGAUGACAUUAAAGUGAAGCAAGCUGACAGUAAUGACAGUCUGACCAACUAUAUACUGCGCAAUCUCAUCACUGACAGCUUGUUUGUUUGGGUUCUAGUGAAUACUGCUUGCUGUGUCCUUAUGCUGAUUGCCAAAGUGAUACAGUGCAUUGUUUUCGGUCCUCUGAGAGUCAGUGAGAAACAGCACUUGAAGGACAAGUUCUGGAAUUUCAUCUUUUAUAAAUUCAUCUUCAUAUUUGGGGUGCUGAAUGUGCAGACCGUUGAAGAGGUGGUGCUGUGGUGUUUGUGGUUUGCAGUUCUAAUCUUCCUUCAUCUCAUGGUCCAACUCUGUAAAGAUCGCUUUGAAUAUCUGUCUUUUUCUCCAACAACCGCAAUGAGCAGUCAUGUGCGAGUGCUGGCCCUGCUGGUGUCCAUGCUGCUGUGCUGUGGGGGUCUAGCGGUGCUCUGUGUCCCUGGUGACCAUCUCCAGAGCAUGCAUACUGUUGCUUUUAUGACUGCUGAGUGUUUACUUGUUACUGUGCGCACUGGACAUGUUAUUACAAGGUACUCGAUUCACUUGUGGGACCUGAACCAUGAAGGCACCUGGGAAAGCAAAGGCACAUAUGUCUACUAUACUGACUUCAUUAUGGAGCUCACUCUCCUCUGCCUAGACCUGAUGCAUCACAUCCACAUGCUGCUCUUUGGAAAUAUCUGGCUGUCGAUGGCCAGCCUGGUGAUCUUUAUGCAGCUUCGCUACCUCUUCCACGAGGUGCAGAGGAGAAUCCGUCGCCACAAGAACUACUUGCGUGUCAUUGACAAUAUGGAGUCCAGAUUUGCAGUAGCAACCCCAGAUGAGCUUCUUGCCAAUAAUGAUGACUGUGCAAUCUGCUGGGACUCUAUGACCUCAGCACGGAAAUUGCCCUGUGGACACCUUUUUCAUAGUUCAUGUCUGCGCUCAUGGCUAGAGCAAGACACAUCCUGUCCAACAUGCCGCACGUCACUGAACAUUAACGAGGGCGUGAGUGAGAGGGAGGUGGGGCAGAGGGCACCAGCUGAUGACAACAUGGCGGCAGCACCUGGAAAUGAUGUCCGGCCUCACCUCAACCAACACAACCAUUUCUUUCACUUUGAUGGCUCACGAAUUGCUAGCUGGCUUCCAAGCUUCUCUGUGGAAGUUAUGCAUACAACCAACAUCCUGAGCAUUGCUCAAGUCAACAACUCGCAGCUCAGUACAAUGGCCCAUCAGAUACAGGAGAUGUUUCCUCAGGUUCCUUACCAUUUGGUGCUGCAAGAUUUGCAGCUGACUCGCUCUGUGGAAGUCACAACUGACAACAUCCUGGAGGGUAGGAUUCAGGUGCCCUUCCCUGCCCAGUCCCUGGAACGACCACCUGUUCAGGAGAGCUCAACCCCAGAAGAGUCUGCAGGAGCCAGUGGGGAUUCAGAGCCGACUGUAGAGACAGAGGACCUUGAGGUGCGAGGCAGCCGCUUCUCAAAAUCUUCAGAUGAGAGAGAGAGGAUGCUGCGCCAGAGGAAAGAGGAGCUGCUGCAUAGAGCUCGCAGACGAUAUCUGACAAAAAGCAAUGUAGACGACACUUUCCUUUUCUCUGUUGCUGACUCUAAAGAGGAGGAUGAUAAUGUCGUACCCGCUCUUGAAGAAGAGGGCUUCAUUUCAGACACUGUGACUGUUCGCCGCAGGAUGCUGGCAGCUGCAGCCGAGCGACGUAUACACAGGCAUUCAGACACACCCAUCUGAGAGGGUGACACAUCGGUGACUCCUGUCGUUCUGCCACAUUUCUAUCUUCCCAUGGUUGUGUCUGUGAAGGGGAAAGUAGCUCUUGGUCACUUUCUUCUCAUAUGAAGCCAAAACAUGCAUUACACACACCUGUGCCAUGAACCAGCCAUGGCCAGUCCGUAGCAGACCAGCUGUGUGUCUGAUAAGGUUCAGUGUUUUAAAACAUUUCUAUCGUGCACUUUUCAUGUGACAUGCCAGCUUGGCUGCGUCUAUGGAAAAAUCUCAGUGCAUGUGUCAUUUAUACCUUUUAAAACGUUAAGUUACUAAUCCGUCUAAACAACAAUGGGCUCAUCAGUAGAUUUCAGAAAACAAAUUUAAACCUGACUCCUGGAAGUUCCUCAACCAAGUUGGAAUCAGAAAUAAGCUGUAUCUGAAAUCUCAUGUGUCAUGAGCAUAGUUUAGCAGAGUUCUUUAAGGACCACAGCAGUGCAAGUGUUACUUUACAUUUAUUUUAGUUUGGGAAGGUUGCCUUUAGCUGUUUGUUCAAACUGUUCUGUUAUCAAGUGUGACUUUUAAACUCUGAGCUUUAUGAAGUCUAGUUUCUGUGAUUGUACCUUAAGCACAGGCUAAACUUGAGAAACCUGGUUAAGCUUGAGCUAAAGAAAAUUAUUGGCAUAUUUGGCUAAUUUAAAAUGAUCAUUUGCUGUGUCUGUAGGGGAGAUUUUUCUGGUUCAGAUGAAAGCUCUUUAACUCUUCCAAUUCUGGAGAGCUUAUUAGAAAUUUUAAGACAUAACAUGGUUAACUUCUCCCAGCAGUGUCACGCUUCAGACGUGUGUAUCAUUUUGCACUGAUUUGAAUGCCUGAGGUUUAAACUCAAUCCACAUUUAGGGUGUGUUGAACACUGCAAACGGCCUGUCAGCUUUCUAUUCAAGUUGCUCGUCAAUCAAGAGGUUUUUUUUUUUGGGAGGAAAUGUAUCAGUCGUGUAGCUUUGUUUUAUCAUCUCUUGUCAAGUUUUUGCUUUGGUGUUUGCAUUUGGUUGUGUUACAUCAAUGAUUCAUAGCUUUGUAAGCAACAGUAAAAUGUUACUUAACAUGCUAUUAUUUGGUCUUAUUGUAUGUAAGAGAAGCAUGAACUGAGCUGUUCAGAUUUGAUCAGGGUACAUGAAGAUGUAAUGAUAGGCUAUAUUAUUUUGUUUGGGAUUCUGCUUAUAGUUUCUGGGUAUGACAGUUUUCCAAUUCAGCAUGAGUGGCAAAACUUGUCAGCUUUUGUUUAAUUAUUUUUAAUAAUUUCUAAUAUUUUUCAGCUUAAGGGAGAAAGAUCUAUUUUGCAUAAUAUAAUAAAUCAUAAUAUAAAAAACUUUUUAAAUAAAAUGAAUGUGUUUAUUCUGAUAUUCUACCACUGAAGCAUAUGCAGGAUUCACCUAGCAUUCCCACAGUAAAUGCAGAGUGGAUAUGUGGCUUAUUAUUUUGACUUAAGUGAUCCUGCUUUAUAAGAGCUUUUACAAUUGCUUACCAUUUAAUUCAUUUCUUUCAUUUUUGUCAUCUGUUUGUUGCCUCUUUCUAUGCAUGAAAUCAUCGCUUGUGAUGCAUAGGUCUUAUAUUGCCUAACAAAGUAUUUCCAAAGAAACCACAAGUCAUUUUUACCUGAGGCUUGAAAUUGUGAUUGGUUUUUCUAGUGAUAAAGGUCAGAUUUGGAGCUCUAGACUGUGCUCUUAUAGCUGCACCUUUGAUCAGUGUUUCUGUCCCUGAGAAAAGUGGAAGCAUCUGAACUAUAUUGUCUCCACAAAACUAUUCACAUUCAUUGUCAUUGCUGUUAACACGUUGUUUACUCCUUACUGACCUUGUAUACUAAAUCUGAACUGUCUGAAUGCUUUUUCAAUUGAUUUUUCCCCAUUUGUGCCUAAAUUCACCCAUGGAUCAGUUGAACUGUAAAUAAUUUUGUAAUAAAAACUAUAAUUAUUGUUAAAUGACCCUAUAUAAAAUAAAAUUCAGAAUUAAUGAA